GUCUGAGUGAAACAUGCCGGGAGAUAUCAUUGUGGAGACACUUUUUAAUAUACUACUACCGCUUUUACUACUAACUGCAAUAUUAUUUAGGUACAAUGGACUAUCACUUGUAUAUCUUCUGUUCCUUCUGUCCAUACCUCUGUUGUCCAGUCCAAACUCGACUACUAUGAAUGGAAAAACUGGUAAGUUUCUACAUGCCAUUUGCUCUACUGGUGUGAUGUUUCUGGCAUUGCAGUGUGGAAUGCAAAUAACCUUCACAUAUAUUCCCAUGGAUGUGAGUGGGCCAUGGGACAAUAUUUUCUUCCACCUUGGUAUUAUCAGGUUUAGUGAGGUGGACACACUUAAUUUAAUACGUCUACUAAUGCCAGAUUGUGCUGUCUUCCUGUCUACAAUGUUCAUCAUUCAUUUGAGUAAGGCCAAGCUUCCAGAUCAAAUGAAUAGCAGGACAAACGACAGACAGAUUUAUGAUACUGAGGGUGUAGAUGGAGAGAUUUCUGACUCAGACGCUGAAGAGGACAGUAGAACAUCAGAGGAUUCUUUGUUUGACACCUCUGAAGAGAACUGCUCCCCCACAAGUGCCUCUCCUGGCAUCCUGCAGAAACUGAUCAUAUUUAUAUCUGGCCUGAGACUUCUCAUCUCCUCUGUUUUGAACACUGCUGGGAAGGUAUUGGUGACUGUUCUGCUGGGAAUUGCAGGUAUAACUUUGCCCUCACUGACGUCAGCACUGUAUUUCAUGGUGUUUCUUGGCCUUGUAUGGUGCUGGGUAUUGGGCUGCUCCAUCUCACUACUUCACUUCAGCUCUUUGUGUGUAAUGAUGACCAUUUUCAGUGGAGGACACAUCAUCAUCCUUUACCUCUACCAGCUUCCUCUCAUCCAGCAGCAUAUUUCUCCUCAGGAUGACUUUGCCAGGCUCUUUGGUUUGACAGCACUCAUCCACACUAACAUGUCAGAUCCAUAUAUCCUGGCCCUGCAUGAAGAUGGGAGCUGGCCUGCAAUAGUUCUCCCACAUGUGCUUCUACUACUGUAUUACUUACUCAUAGUUCUUGUACAAAAGUGGAAUCACUCUAUCAAUGAGUCUAAGGUGGUGAUGUUGGAAGAAUCUGCAGUGAAUUCUCUGAUGCUGCUGAAUGACUGCACACAGUGGUUUGCUUUGCAUCCAUACACAACAAACGUCGCUCACGAGAGCAAUGUGGAGAAGGAAAGCUGUGGCAGAGGGGAUGAAAUAUUAAGUGAUGUGGAUUCGUCUGCUGAGCAUGCUGAAGUCAGUGCUUUGAUUCUGCUCGGACAGCUCUUCAUGAAGCAGAGCUACAUCAUUGCUCUUAUCAUCAUGAUGGUGUGGAGCAUCAGCUAUAACUCAUGGCUAACGUUAGUGUUAUUGAUGUGGUCAUGUGUGAUCUGGAUGUUUAAGGAUCGGCGGCGAUUCGCCAUGCUCAGUGCUCCAUUCCUCGCUGUCUAUGGAACAUUGCUGCUAGUGACUGCAUUUAUUAGUGAACUCCAUCUCAACUAUAGUGACAUUUUCCCCACUUUACCGAAGGUUGUCCUGAUUGACUUAGAUAUCUAUGGCUAUCCAGUGCCCUGUGUCCACCUUGCUGCAAAGGUGUGCUAUGCGUUUUUUUUCUGGAUUUUACUGCGACAACGGCUGAAAGAGAAAAAUGAAAAGCAGCAGCAUAAAGAGCAAUGUUUAAUGGAGGUCCAAGUUCAAGCAUGUGACUCUAGUGAAUCAUCUCAAAUGAUGACUUUGUUGGGGGCAUUAGUGAAAGCCACACUGGUGAAGUACUGGAUCUUUUGCUGUUGCUCCAUGUUCUUCGUUAUCAGUUUCUCAGACAAAGUAGCAGUCUACAAAAUCCUCUAUAUCGGUUUAUUCCUCUUCUGUGUGGUUUUAUAUGAGGUACAUUAUGAGGUGUGGAGGAGUGUGUUGAAGCACUUUUGGGUGGUGGUGGUUGGAUACUCCAUGCUAGUGUUGAUCCUGAUCUAUGUGUACCAGUUUAGAAGUGUAUCGAGUCUUUUCCAGCAGAUAUUAGGCAUAACUGAGGAGAGGUUGCGGGACUUUGGGCUUGAACAGUUUGACAUGGUUGAACUAUUUGCACGAAUCUUACUGCCAGCUUCAUUCCUGCUGGCUUGCAUCCUGCAGCUGCAUUACUUCAACUGCGAUUUUCUCUCUCUAACUGACCUGAACAGUGUACCAAGAAGAGACAGAACAUGCAGAGAAGAGGAGCUGAUGGGAGCACUGAAAGGGAUUUUUCAUGUGAUAAAGGAAAACAUAGAUAAACUGAAAAAACGGUUGAUGGAAGAGCAGCUCCAUGGAGAAUGUGUUGACCAAAUGAAGAGUGUGUCGUCUUCUUUAAAUCAUCAAAUGGAAAGAGAAGAUGAUGCAGUGAAGCAGUGGUUGGUGGUAGUGGACAGGCUGCAUGAGUUGGUCCUGCAAUCUGUUUUGUGGUUGUGGAGAGGUCAGGAGCUGUGCUGGAGAAUACUGGAGCUCCACAGCUUCAAACUGGUCUCUGCAGGCAUCAUCUGGGUCUGUAUGCAAGAGGUAUCUUUGAUGAACUCCGUGUUUGUGGUCUUGUGGACAUUUGCUUUGCCAUUUCCGAGGAUGCGCCCUUUGGCCUUUAAUGUGUCCUCUGUUUGGGCAUGUGUGAUGGUUGUGUGUAAAAUGAUGUACCAGCUCAAAUUCAUCAAACCGUCAGAGUAUUCCUCAAACUGCACUGCUCUGCAGUCAUCUAAUGAGAGUUGGGCUAGUGAUAACACCGCUGAGCUCUUGAGGAACUCUGUUCUCUAUGUGGCACCAGUAGAUCCAGCACUUUGGGUCGGGGGACUGAGAAAGUGUGAUGAUCGCAUCCUGUCCUGUAUCUGGAAUCACCUGUUAAUUUUAGGUCUCCUUGUGUUUGAUGUGACUGUCCAUCGUCACCAGCUGCACCACCGUCUCCAAAAUGGCCUUAAAGUGACACACGGCAGUGUGUUAUUCCAGGGUGUGACACGACAGCAUCUGGACCAGGGCAUCCUUCCCUACCUCAAAUACUUCACCAACUAUUUCUUCUACAAGUUUGGUCUGGAGGUGUGUUUUGUGGUAGCUGUGAAUGUCAUUGGUCAGCGGAUGGAUGUCUGCGCUCUUCUGCACUCGUUUGGUCUGAUUACUGUGCUUGCACGUCGACGUAGAAAGGCCAUUGGUGAAGUGUGGCCAAGAUACUGCUGCUUCACUGCCUGUCUGAUGGUGCUGCAGUACCUGCUGUGCAUUGGCCUGCCACCAGCGCUCUGCAUUGAUUAUCCCUGGAGGAGAUCAUCUUCAGCUUUGCGCUCUAAUCUAAUAAAGUGGCUGUAUCUACCAGACUACACCAUGAGUCCCAACCCCACAUUCAUCCUCUAUGAUUUCCUGCUGUUGUUGGUGGCAUCUCUGCAGUGGCAGGUAUUUGAGAUUGAAAAUCAGGCUUGCAUGAGGCAUCUGGCAGGAGAGAAUGUGGAGAUCAGCAGAAGUCUGGACCCACAAACCCUCAACCAGUACACGCUUGUCAACAACUUCCUACACUGCCGCUCGUAUCUGGACAUGUUAAAGGUGUUUGUGUUCAGUUAUUUCUUUUGGCUGGUGCUAUGUCUGAUUUUCAUCACUGGCACCACGAGAAUCAGCAUCUUCUGUCUGGGUUAUCUGGUGGCCUGUUUCUACUUCAUGCUGUUUGGGGGCACAUUACUGCUGCAGCCGGUGCGAUACGUGGUCAGACUGUGGGACUGUCUCAUAGCGUACACCUGUGUGGUCAUUAUCCUCAAGAACAUGCUCUCGCUUGGGUCUUGCGUUUAUCUGGACAGUCUGCAAAAGAAUGGUUGUUGGCUCAUUCAAGCUUUCAGCAUGUUCUGCACCAUCAAUGGAUACAAUUUACCUGAAGCUGAUCAUCAGUGUGAAUUGCCAGCUGGUGAGGCUGGGAUUGUGUGGGAUGCGAUCUGCUUCACUGUACUGCUCGUUCAGAGGAGAGUGUUUCUCAGCUACUACUUCCUGUAUGUUGUAUCUGACCUGCAGACUUCAAUGAUUCUUGCUUCCAGAGGUGCAGAGUUGUUCGAAGCCAAAGUGAAGAAAAGGGUGGCAGCCAGAUUAGAGAUGGAGAAAAAAUCUGUGGUGUCACUGAAGAAACAGAUGGAGAAAAUCCAGUCAAAACAGAAGAACCCUCAUCAGCUCACUUCACCUACCUCACAUACACCAAAGUCUUCUGAUGGAGAUUGUGGCUAUCAUCUGUUUGAAAGUGACAGUGAGGAAGAGGAGGAGAUACAGGGCAGAACACAGGAUGACACUUUACCGAAGAAGAAAACUGCUUUUCAGAUGGCGUAUGAGGCUUGGGUGGCAGGAUCCACAGUAGCUCUCCGAGACCAUGAACAUCAAGAGCAAAAGAGAGUCAAAAGACAGUUGCACAGACAAGAGGGCCUGGAUGAAGAAGAGUCGGAUGAGGAGCAGGCGGAGUUCAGUCUUAAAGAGGAGACACAGAGAGAGUACAGAUUUAAGCGGACUCUUGACACUGUGAAGUUCCUCUGGGUUUUCCUGCUCUCUCUCACUGAAGAUCUCAUAGCAGCUUUGAAGUCGCUGUGUAAAGACAGUCUGGACAUCUCUAAGGUGCUUCGCUUUGAAAGAGCUCUACUAAGCAAACAACAAAAAAAGGGCAGGGAUGUCACGCAUGAUAGUGUUCACCAUUUCUACAAAAACUGGAUCUCCAGACAAGAGACAGAGACAUUGCUGGAUGACAAGGCCAACCAGCAGAUCCAGGAAACAGUGAGCUGCUCACCUCCGCCCAGGAGUAGCCACAUAUGCUGCUACGCAAAACUCAACAAUGCCCACUCAUGGGGUAGCAGCCUUUCCAGCUGUCAUACAGAUGAAACUCUUUUAGUGAGCCGUCAGCCAACUCAAGACGACCUUGAUGCCCCAUCUGAAGCUGUUCAGAUCUGCCUCGAAUCUGCAUAUACUGAUCACAUGUCUGAAGAUAGAGAUGUUCUGUCAGAAGAUCCUGACAACAAUAAAGAGCUGAAGGAUUGUGAAGAAAAAGUUGAUAAGAUGAGAGAGGUUUCGAGAAAUGAACAACAGGAAUGUGUGAGACUGAAUAAUGUGUGUGAUGAGAAACAUGACAAGAUCCCAGAGUCAAGAGUACUCAGUCAAGAGACCAGAGUGCUUACUGCCAGUGAAUUACUGCUUAACAAGAUGUUUGAUAUUCCAGAGCUGGAGGAGUCUGAGCGUUUCUACUCUUCAUUACCUCUUGCAGUACGUUUGGUCUUCACUCUCUACAGCACAAUGGAGUCACAGUCUGAGAUGUUCUGUUAUUUUGUGAUAAUAUUGAAUCACAUGGUGUCGGCCUCUCUGCUCACACUCCUCCUGCCCAUGCUCAUCUUCCUGUGGGCUAUGCUGUCUGUGCCGCGACCCACCAAACGUUUCUGGAUGACUGCCAUCAUCUACACUCAGCUCACAGUUGUGGUGAAGUACUUUUUCCAGUUUGGCUUCUUCCCAUGGACUACAUCAACAUAUUGUGGCAUUAAUGCAGAGCGCCCAUUUGCGGUGCCUAACAUAGUUGGAGUUGAGAAGAAAGAUGGUUAUGUGCUGCUUGACCUGAUCCAGCUCAUUGCCCUGUUCUUCCACCGCUCCAUCCUGAAGUGUCAUGGUCUGUGGGACAGUAAAGAAUUGGAGAUGCCAGACUACUUCAAGAAGCUGAAAAGGAAAACUGAGAAAAAGAAGAUGACCGGAGGAUCAAGACAACGAGAGGACAACACAAGGAGACGUCUGCCCUUCCUUCCACUCCAGACCUCAUGCACUUCAUUCCUCAGAAGACACAGAGGAGAAAGUCCUGAGAGACAUGAACAAAAGCCUAAAAAACAGCAUUCCCAGAAGAAACAGGAGUGUAAGGUGCUGCUGAGCAGGAGAGAGCGAAUGAAACAGUACAUGAAUGAUGGAAUGCUGGAAGCCAAAGCUGCUGUUGUAGAACUUGCUCUACACAUAUACCUACCCAUAAGGCAGUUCUUCCAUGACAUCAUCCACCCUGAGUAUAGUCCUGUGUGUGAUGUGUAUGCGCUGAUGUUCCUCGUAGAUGUGGUGAAUUUCAUCAUCAUUAUAUUCGGAUACUGGGCAUUUGGAAAGCACAGUGCGGCUGCUGACAUCACAGAGUCACUUUCAGAGGAUCGGGUUCCUGAAGCAUUCCUGGUUAUGCUACUCAUUCAGUUCAGCACCAUGAUUGUGGAUCGUGCGAUCUAUCUCCGGAAAACUCUCCUCGGGAAGUGUGUCUUCCAGGUUGUGCUUGUGUUUGGGAUCCACUUCUGGAUGUUCUUCUUACUGCCUGGUGUUACCGAGAGGAGAUUCAACAGGAAUCCAGUUGCUCAGCUGUGGUAUUUUGUAAAAUGCAUCUAUUUUGGUCUGUCAGCAUAUCAGAUCAAAUGUGGCUACCCAAACCGCGUUCUGGGAAACUUUCUCACCAAGACAUACAACUACUUCAACCUGUUGCUUUUUCAGGGUUUCCGAUUAGUUCCGUUCCUGACAGAGUUACGAGCAGUGAUGGAUUGGGUGUGGACAGACACCACCCUCAGCUUGUCGAGCUGGAUCUGUGUGGAGGACAUCUAUGCCAACAUCUUCAUCCUGAAGUGCUGGAGGGAAGCUGAGAAGAAAUUUCCUCAUCGGUCAGGUCAGAAGAAGAAGAAGGUGGUGAAAUACACAAUGGGCGGCUUCAUAAUUUUUGCUCUAAUCUGCAUCGUCUGGUUUCCUCUUCUCUUCAUGUCAUUGGUCAAGUCUGUAGCAGGAGUAACCAAUCAGCCUUUAGAUGUGUCCAUACAGCUCAGCAUAUUGGGUUACGAGCCGUUGUUCAGCAUGAGUGCUCAGGAGCAGAAUCUGAUCCCAUACUCUGAAUCGGCAUUCCAGAAGAUGACCAGCCAGUUUGCCACUCACCCGUCUGCGAUGCAGUUCAUUGUGAACUAUCUGGCAGAGGAUAUAGUGACAGCAAAAAUCAAGAGUGACGCCAGUUUGCUGUGGAGCAUCAGUCCUGCCAGUCGAAAUGCCAUGAUCCUGGAGCUCAGUAACUCCACACACUUCUACAUUACACUGAGCUGGACUUUACUGCGGAAUGCAUCUCUCGCGUUAAAUGCAGUGAGUGCUGGUGAACACACAGUGAAGUAUGAAGACAGUGCACUAAGAGACAAUUUGGUUUCUAUGCUCAGAGGAUCAUGCAGUCGUCCGGUGAUGCUGGAAAAUCUGUUGCCAAAGUAUAUCAGGGGAACAUCCAGUCCAGAUGCUAAAGUGGCACAUCGACUUCAAGUGGAGCAUUCCAAAUGGCAGGAUGAUCUUCAUCUGCAGUUCUUCCGUCCACUGUCCAUCAAACUGCUGCAGGGAAACGACAGUUCUGUGGGUGCAGGGGUGCAGUGGUGGGUGGUGGAAGAGUGUUUUCCUGAGGCUCCACCCAGCAGAUGUCACAGUAUUGAGAUGGUGGUGUUCAAUGAUAAAGUCAGCCCAUCCAGUGUGGGCUUCCUUGCUGGAUACGGUAUUGUGGGAUUGUACAUGUCUGUGGUGUUGGUCAUUGGUAAGUUUGUGCGUGAAUUUUUCACUGGCAUCUCUCGCUCCAUUAUGUACGAGGAGCUGCCAUGUGUGGACCGCGUGCUCAAACUCUGCAAUGACAUCUUUGUGGUGCGAGAGACAGGAGAGUUGGAGAUGGAGGAGCAGCUGUUUGAGAAGCUUAUAUUCCUGUACCGCUCGCCCGAGACCAUGAUCAAAAUGACACGGAAGAAGAACCAGUAG